AUGGCAAGUGUUGGUAGUUGGGGUCAGACCUCUAAGGUUCCCAGCUUUGCUCAGAUACUGAAGAGAAAUUUAUCUCCUCAAGAGGCACCACCUGUUGUGACCCAAACAAAGGCUUCCACAUCUUCAGCGUACUGCGAAAUCCUGGAUGGAGCGUCCAAAAUUUCUCCAGUCACUGGCAACUUUCCUGAACCUUUUUUAUCCAAAGUAGUUCUGCCUCCUCCUCCAGACUCCUCUUUGGCUCCAAAAAAGAUCCCUAGAGAAUUUAUUGUGAAGUAUAGACGUGGUGAAACCAAUCCAGUUUCUGCUCUACAUCAAUUUGUACAAAUGCAGAGAAUGGUACUUGAGCUGAAAGAGACGGUAACUACAGGAAAUGUCUUUGGUGCCUAUUUUGCAUUUUGUGCCGUUGUUGAUGGAGUUACAUACAAAACAGGAAUGGGGCAGAACAAAAAAGAAGCAAAAGCAAAUGCUUCUAAAUUAGCGUUAGAUCAACUACUUCAAUAUGAGGAAUCUGAGCUACAAGCUCAUCUCAUGGAAAACAUAAAUGUCUCCAAUGUUGGUGGACCGCCAUUAUUACCUGUUGAACAAAUAAUCUCAACUGGAGCUUUAAGCAAUUCAAGAACUCGUGUUGAUAAGAGGCCUUUCAUUCACGAGCAGAUAUCUUCUAUAAUCAAGGAAAAGUUUAUGGAUCUGUUGGCAGAGUAUCCUCAGUUUGAUGGUUGUGGCAGUUCUUUAGCUGCUUUCGUGAUGGAAAAGGAGGGCCAGCAAUGGGAAGUAGUUGCAAUAGGAACAGGAGACCUAAACUAUAGCCAGGUCACAUUGAAUGAUGGAAGAAUUCUUCACGACUCGCAUGCUAUUGUCUCAGCGAGGCGUUCAUUACUUAGGUAUUUCUAUAAACAACUCCUGCUUUUUUAUAGUGGAAAUACUGUUAUGAUGCAAAAAUCCAUCUUCAGCAGACAACCAGCGACUGAUCUUCUUUCACUUAAACAAAAUUUAAAUCUCUAUUUGUAUAUGAAUCGGCUCCCAAAAGGAUCUGCACAAACCAUCUCCCAGCUACGUCUAAGCCCGCUUUCUCUUUCUGCACAUGAAACAAAUGACCAGCUGAGUCUUCAUAUUUCAGUGGAAGGCAAAUAUUACCCAGUUGUUUACCAUCCACAGGACUUUACUAAUCACAUAAGCAGUAUGUCUGCCACUGAUAAGCUGACCAAAUGUGAAGUCUUGGGAGUUCAAGGAGCAUUGCUGAGCAUUUUCAUACAACCAGUGUACAUUUACAGCAUUAUUGUGGGUGAUGCAAACUGUAACAACACGAGAGGACUGGAGAUUGCUCUGAAGCAAAGAAUUGAUGAUUCACUUACUUCAAGACUACCAAUGUUUUAUCUUGUGAACAAACCCUACAUAAGCAUUGUCACAGCAACCCACCCAAUUCAGACUGCCUCUGGGAACUGCUUCUCUCUGAACUGGUCACAAGGAGAUCCUUCAUUGGAAAUAGUGGAUGCUUGUCUGGGAAAGAUAACGGAAAGUUCACCAUUUAAAAGCGGCCGCUCUAUGGCAAGUCGUCUUUGCAAAGCUGCAAUGUUAACCCGGUUUAAUUUGCUUGCAAAGAAAGCAAGAAGAGAGGACAUUCGUUGUGGCCUGACAUAUCAUGAGGCAAAGACACUUGCUUUACAAUACCAAGAGGCCAAAGCCCUACUGAAGUCCUAUUUAAAAAUGCAGGGGUUUGGAAAUUGGUUAGAGAAGCCGGACGGCAUUGGAGCCUUUACAAUAUAG